CCGUCGUCCACGUCGUCAUCACCGCGGCCUCCGACGUCCUCGUCUUGGUCCUCGGAGUCGGGGAACGGAGGAGGACUGCGCUCCGAGCUGGGUUCCGCCGGUAGCUCGAGCCGUCACUAAGGCUGUGACAUGGUUCGUCACGUGCACGACGGAGGAGACUCGGACGCACGCGAGCCGCUGCUCGCAGGUGACCGCGAGGAUCCUCACGAGACAGAAGAAGAGGGGGAAAUCAUUUUCGACCGGAGCACCUCAAACAUCCCAUGUGAUGCUAGUGGCAGCGAAGAGAGGAGAUUAACAUAUGAGGAAGCAGUUGAGAAAGCAGGUUUUGGUUUGUUCCACUGGCUGCUGUUGGUGGUUUGUGGUUGGGCCAAUGCCAGCGACGCCGUGGAGAUCCUCUGUGUGUCCUUUCUGCUGCCGACAGCGCGAUGCGAUCUGCUGCUGAGCUCCUCAGACAUGGGCCUGCUCACUGCCAGCAUUUUCCUCGGGAUGAUGGUGGGCGGCUACAUUUGGGGAUACCUGGCUGACCAGAGGGGGCGCCGCAAGGUCCUGGUCGUGUCCCUGACCGUUAACGGGGUGUUCGGAGGUCUGGCCAGCAUCGCUCCGUGGUUCUGGCUCUUCCUGCUGCUGCGGUUCAUCAGCGGCAUCGGGGUCGGCGGGUCGAUCCCUGUUAUCUUCUCCUACUUCUCAGAGUUCAUGCCCCGACUGAGGAGAGGUGCAAUGAUCAGCGCUCUGGCCACCUUCUGGAUGGCAGGAAACAUCCUGGCUGCAGGUCUGGCCUGGUUGGUGAUCCCAAGAACCUGGGCCCAUUUUUCACUGGGAACUCUGGACUUUCAGAGCUGGAGACUGUUCGUGGUGCUCUGCUCUGUUCCCAGCCUCACCUCAGCCAUCCUCUUCAGGCUGCUCAUGCCCGAGAGCCCCAAGUUCCUCAUGGAGGCGGGCCGGGAGAAAGAGGCCAUCCGCGUCUUCCAAGUGAUGUUUAAGCUGAACAUGUGGGGAAGAGGAAAGGAUUUACAGGAAUUUGGUUUGUGCGUCGGCUCGAAGCAAAGAGGGGAACCGGAGGAGACCAGAACCCGGAGCUCACGUAGAGAGAGACUGGCCUGUAUUUUGAAAAAGGCCUUGUUGCCUAUUAAACAGAUGUUUAAUGGGUCGCUCAGAUCCAGGAGCAUCGCUCUGCUCAUCGUCUUCUACUGCAUCUCCUUCGGGUACUACGGACUGUGGAUGUGGUUCCCGGAGCUGUUUGAGAGAAUGGAGAACGGCGGCUCGCCCUGUUCCAACUUGUCCAUCCCGUCUCCACUCCGCAACCAAAGCUGCUACCCGGUCAAGACAGCAGUGUACAUGGAGGGCUUCAUCAUUGCUGCAUCAAACCUACCGGGAAACAUCUUCACCAUUCUCAUGAUUGACAGUCUGGGAGGAAAGGCUCUACUGUCCUGCAGCCUGCUGGUUUCCAGUCUGAGCGUCUUCCUCAUCUACGAGGUCCAGACCAAAGUCCAGAGUCUGAUCCUGUCCUGCGUCUUCAGCGGCGUCUCCGUGAUCACCUGGAACGCCCUGGACGUGCUGGGAACGGAGCUCUACCCGACCCAGCUACGCUCCUCUGCUCUCGGGUUCUUCACCGGCGUGGGCCGAGUGGCCGCCAUCAUGGGCAACGUGGCCUUCGGGAGGUUGAUGGACACAAACUGUGCCGUUCCGGUCCUGCUGGUGUCGGCUCUGCUGCUGACCGGAGGCCUGGUGGCUCUGGUGCUUCCACAAACCAAACAGACUGAGCUCACCUGAUCCACUCCGAACCUCCAUGACAUUACUUCCUAUGAGAACAUCCUCUAAAUGUCCUGAUGGAAGCAGACUGCAGCAUUACUGUGUUUGUUCUCUGAUCCUUUACCUUCCGUUUCUGCUCUCUAGUGGAUGUUUGAAUCCUGUGCCUUCUGUCAUCUCUCUGUGCCUUUUUUAAAUUAAAAAAAAAUGCCAACGAUAAGAGAAGUUUUCAAAAGAGAGUCAGGACAGUCUGCAACCUUCCAAGAGCUCUACUGCGUUUAGAUUGUGAGCUCUUGAGGAUUAAAAUACUCUCUCAGAGGUGGGUAUGAAGGACACCUUCAGAAAGUUUGUCAGUCUCUACACUCCACAAAAAAAUCACAUCUUCUAAGUCAAAGAAGUAUCUUGAAGGGUGUUUUCAGCUUCUACGUUUUGUCAGAUUAUGUGCUUAGUCGAGAGUUUUGCUAUGAAUCAAAGAAAUGAAAAACGCUGCACAUUCCACAUCUGUUUUACUUUGUCAUUUACUAUGUAAAAGGCCUUAAGUGAUCAUUUUUCAGGCUAACUGACUGCAAAGUCAUUGUUAUAUAUCAACAAAUGGCUGGUUUUCAAAAAUUUAAAAGUGUCCUUUAUUUCUAACAACUGUGUAUCACGUGUACUUCUAUGCAUACCGAGGCUUUGAGUAGUGACUCAGGAUCAUUCUGUCACUUUUCUUGCACAAAGUGGACCAAAUCAGUUCAGCGAUCCUGUGGAAAACCAAAGAUCACAGUCAUUGUAAAAAGACCUUAUAUCAGAGUUGCAACAAUGAUGAUGGACUCCCAUGACUGAAUCUCUAAAGCUGUCUUUGUGACUGAAUCUCUAAAGCUGUCUUUGUGACUGAAUCUCUAAAGCUGUAUUUGUUUUUGAAUAAAUACUACUUUUGUUCAUUUCA